AUGGGGGGUGCAAAGAAGAAAGGGGUGGUCGGAGCCGCGUCUCCGUGGCCUGACCACUCAUACAACCAUAAGGACCACGACCAAUGCGCCCAUGCAGCUGCCAUCCUCACAGAAACGGCAGAGCUGAAGCAAAUAGCUGACCGGACCCAGGGACUGCCUCCCAGGGACCUAUUCAUCCGGUUCAUGAGUUCAGUCGAAGACCUCGCAGCAAAGGUGCGCGACCGCCAAAGCAACAACGGCAGCGAAGACCACAACGGCCAGAAAGAGGCGCUCCAACAGAUCCAAAAUAUGUUAAACAAGCAGACAGAGGAGAUAAAAACUCUACAGCACUCAACACAGGCCCCCAAAGUGAUCCACAGCCCCCCAUCAUACACUCCUUCUUGA